AAAGACAGGGCAGUGGAAGCCUCACCAGAACCACUCGCUACCGAAGCUUGGCACGGAGAAGACACCCCAGUGGAUGAAGAUGCCAAACUUGGCUUGGUCGUACCACUCCGGCAGUGGCCUGGAGUCGAUGGACUCCCAGUUGGCCUAGAGAAAUUGACCGCACCGCCCCUUUGGGACACUCGGCGUUGAAUCUGGUGCGUGAGAAUUGCGGCGCAUGCGCACUCUGGAUAGCUACCCGGAUGUUUUGCUACCAACAUGCAUGGCUUCCUCGAUUGCCACUGUCACAUCUCUGCGGCAGUUUUCGACAAGGACAUAGACACUGUUAUUGAGCACUCUAAACAGGCUGGACUGUUGGCAUUGUUAGCCGUAGCCGAGCAUGCAGGGGAAUUUGAAAAGAUCAUUGCGUUGUCAAAGAGGUUCCCAGGGUUUGUGUUGCCCUGCCUGGGAGUUCAUCCCGUUCAGGAAGUAUCUUCAGACCAACACAGAAGUGCUUCCCUACAGGACCUAGAUGCAGCGCUUCCCCUCAUCGACAAAUACAAAGAUCAGCUCGUGGCCAUUGGAGAGGUCGGUUUGGAUUUUACACCCAGGUAUGUGAAGAGCGAGUCCGACAAAGAGAGCCAAAGAGAGGUUCUGAUCCGCCAGGCGCGUCUAGCCAAAGAGCUGGACCUCCCUCUAAAUGUUCACUCGCGUUCGGCAGGUAGACCCACUAUCCAGCUCUUGAAAGAGCAAGGUGUGGAAAAAGUUCUCCUUCACGCCUUUGAUGGGAAGCCAUCAGUGGCCAUGGAGGGGGUGAAGGCGGGAUACUUCUUCUCCAUCCCGCCGUCCAUCGUACGCAGCGAGCAAGUGCGUGUCCUUACAAUGCACUCAUUUCGGGAAAGUUUCCCAUCAAUUUCAGAAGCAGAAACUUGUGAAACAGUUGCCUCUAGAGAAUAUGUGCCUGGAAACGGACUCGCCCGCACUCGGCCCAGAGAAGCAGGUGAGAAACGAGCCCAAGAACAUCAUUGUUGCAGCCGAGUAUAUCAGCGUCGUUAAAGGCAUAUCGGUGGAGGAGGUGAUGCAGGUGACCACGAGGAACGCACUUCGGCUCUUUCCCAAGUUAAAGUCAGCCAUCAAAUUGUGAUACUGGAUAAUUGAGUCAGAUAAUCAAGAAGUCAGUUGGAUGCACAAGUGACUGUACCUUGCACUCUUCCAAAAGUGAAUAAUAGAAUCAAAUGUGUUUUUAAAGGCCAUUUUUGUCAUUUCGGUAGAGGAUCACACAACAAUGAUUUAAUUUUCUUUAUUUUGAACUUUUUAACUUCUUUGAAAAAGACAAUUACCUAGAACAGUCAUAGAAAAAUGUGAUCAUUGUGAGCAUCCAUUGUGUGCUUGUGUGAAAACCAUGUUUUUUAGGAAUGCCUAGAAUAUGAAUAGACAACAUCAUUUCAUUAUAAAGAUAUUUUAAAAAUAAAUAGAAAACUCACCGGGUCAUAUUUUUACCCACCUAUGUAUAUCAUUUUGUGAGGAGGAAAAAGAAACCAAGUAGAAUGGGAGAAAGUCACGUAUACUAGUUCUAACCAUUGACCAAUAUAACACCCAAAAGCGGAAGGGGCUUUUACGCUGCGGCGAGCACGUGUUGAACGCAUCACGGGGUUCCACUUCAGGUACCGCCUCUUCCUCCGGACACGUCAACCAGCACGUUGCCCACUAGUGACGUGCAUUCCAGUUCUUUUAAGUGAACUAAAUCUUUGGAAGCAGUUCUCUCAAAAGAUUCGUUCAACGAAUCAACCCAAAGAACCGAGAGCGAGCUCUGUCCUGGACUCUGUUGAGAUUGUGGGUGCGAGGAUAAAAUUGUCUUUCGUCUCUCAGCACUUAUAUUUGUCCUUGUCUGUUAUUUAUCCUUUUUUGAUAUGUUGCCAAUUGUAUUCUUGCAAUCGUAUGCGCUGCUGUGACAAGUUAAUUUCCCCGCUGUGGGAUGAAGUUCUAUCAUCAUUAUCAUCUUGCAAAUAAAGAACCAAGUAUUACAUCACAUCUUUAUUUUCCUUGCUCAACGACGGACAUCUUGAACAAAACGCAACACUACCUAAAUGUUGUAUAGGGAACGUGAUGUACAACUUACUUGUUUUGGCAUGCUCAAACUUGGCAAAUAAAAAUUGAUUUGAUUGAA